AACUCAGCUGCUGCAGCAGCCGGUCCCAGCUCCCCUCACUUCCACCUCCCGUGCCGGAGGAAGCAGGCAGCAGGCAUGGCUCUCCAGCAGCCCAUCAUGAACCCGACCAUCCCCUUCUCCGGACCCAUCUUUGGAGGCCUGGUGGAGGGCAAGAUGCUGCUGAUCCAGGGGCAGGUUGGAUCCCAGGGGAAGAGGUUCGCAGUGAAUCUGCGGUGCGCGAACAACGACAUCGCCUUCCACUUCAACCCGCGCUUCGACGAGAGCUGCCCCGUGGUCGUGUGCAACACGGAGCAGGGCGGGCACUGGGGGGCCGAGGAGCGGACCUACGUUAUGCCCUUCCAGCGCAGCACCUAUUUUGAGAUGAUCACCAAAGUCCAGGGCCACUGCUACCAGGUGGCCGUGAAUGGCCAGCAGUUCCUGGAGUACAGGCACCGCGUCCCCUUCCUCAGCGUCCAGAUCCUGGAGAUCAGCGGGGACUUGACCGUGAACUGCAUCAGCUUCACAGGUGCUGGGGUGAACCCGGCGUGCGCCCCUCCACCAUACGGGAUGGUCCCCGGCAGCGCCUCCAGUGUGAUUUUCCAUCAGAUGUUUGGUCCUCCGGCUCCCGGCAGGAAGAAGGGAAAGCACCGCCUAGGAUGGGCCCCAGCGGCCACGGUGCAACACCCGGCCUGGCGCCAACCCCCCUGCCACCGCAAGGGCCCUGUGACCGUGUCCAACCCGUGUGUCCCGUUCCAGGCCGCUCUCCUCAGGGGCCCCCACACGCCCCUCAAGAUCACGAUCGUGGGCAACGUGCCCUCCAACGCCAACAGAUUCCACGUCAACCUGAAGAACGCCCUGACGGGCAACACGGCCCUGCACAUCAACCCCCGGCUGCGGGAGGGCGCGCUGGUCAGGAACACCCAGACCAGCGGGUCCUGGGGCUCGGAGGAGAGGCACGUCUCCACCAUGCCCUUCGCGGCGGGGCAGGCCUUCCAGAUGGAGAUCAAGGGCAUGGCCACCUGCUACCAGGUCAUGGUGAACGGGCGGCACGUGUUCGACUACAACUACCGCAUCCCCGACAACCAGGUGGAUCAGAUGGAGAUCGAGGGGGACGUGGGCGUCUCCUACGUGCAGUACUGACGGGAGUCCCCGCACGGGGAGGCCUUGGCCCCGUCCUGCGACCAAACCCGCGUGGCCGGGCCGCAGACCUCUGCCCUGCGGCUCGCGCCAUCUCGGUGUGGGGCUGCAGGGGCAGGAAGGGCUUGGUCGCCCCUCACUUCCUCCCACGUGAAUUUGGUUUGUAGAGCAGCUUCUCUCACACUCCCUGCUUGGCUUUCAACCGCGUGAGCACACCCUGCUCUGCACCGGCCGUGUGGGCCUCGGGCAACCCUGACGGCAAUAAAAAGGCUUGGCAGCAAGACAGUAA